GGGUGUGAGGGAGAGGGGGGGAUAGGGGGAGGAGAGGGGGGUAAGAUGUCCGCCGCUCUCCUCUCGCCCAUUGUGGACUAUUACAACGACGAGGAGGAGCUGGAUAGCGUGGACGACGAGGACGAGCGCAGCGUCCGUUGCCGCGACUCGGAUGAAGAUACAGAGGAUGCAAGCGAAACAGAUAUUGCCAAUAAGCAAGAUGACGAAGACUACCUGGAAGUGAAGGAGCAGAUGUACCAGGAGAAAUUAACAUCUCUUAAGAGACAGCUCCAACAAUUACAGGAAGGUACCUUGCAAGAAUAUCAGAGAAGGAUGAAGAAAUUAGAUCAGCAGUACAAAGAAAGAAUACGAAAUGCAGAGCUCUUUCUGCAACUGGAGACAGAGCAAGUGGAAAGGAAUUAUAUUAAAGAGAAGAAAGCAGCAGUGAAGGAAUUUGAAGAUAAAAAGAUUGAGUUGAAAGAGAAUCUUAUUGCUGAAUUAGAAGAAAAGAAAAAGAUGAUUGAGAAUGAGAGACUAACAAUGGAACUCACAGGAGAUUCUAUGGAGGUGAAGCCAAUAAUGACCAGAAAGCUGAGGAGGAGACCUAAUGAUCCUGUUCCAAUACCAGACAAAAGACGAAAACCUGCACCUGCGCAGUUAAAUUACUUGUUAACAGAAGAACAGAUAAUGGAGGAUCUGCGAACUCUUAAUAAGCUCAAAUCUCCAAAAAGACCAGCAUCCCCGUCUUCUCCUGAGCAUCCCCCCAGCACACCUGCUGAAGCACCAGCACAAAGGUAUGAAGCACGAAUCGAAGAUGGAAAAUUAUAUUAUGAUAAGAGAUGGUAUCAUAAAAGUCAGGCUAUCUAUCUGGAAUCGAAGGAGAAUACGAAGAUUGGCUGUGUAAUUAGCUCUGUUGGAACAAAUGAGAUAUGGGUGAGGAAGACCAGUGAUAGCACAAAGAUGCGUAUAUAUCUAGGACAGCUACAUAGAGGAGUCUUCAUUAUACGGCGGCGAUCUGCUGCCUAGAACUCUUACCAAGUUGUGUUGGAAGCCGGCAUCUCCUUAUCUCACUGCACUCAGAGGUGAACUCUUCAUUAUUUUUAUAUGGAAACCUGUAUUAAAGCAAAAAAGCUUCUUGACAGACUGAAGAACGUGAGCUUUGAAGACACUUUCCAAUGCCAUCUCAGUUUUGAUGGUUGUGCAUAUUUUUUAAGAAUAACGUUCACUUUUUCAAGGAUUUCUCUUUGCUUCCAUCUUCUUCCAAGAUUGAACUGACCAUUCUUUGUGGCUGGAAGCUGCCAAUAUGUGGAUUGUUUCAUUUAUUCCAGACAACAGAGUGAAAACCAGUUUGCUUCAGUGCUGGGCAAUCUGAACAUUUUUACCUGAACAAUUAUUGCCCUUGUUUUUUGAGAGGACUAUGUUUUGUACAUGCUGUUUAUUUUGUAUUAAAUGCUUUAUCAUAGUCACUCUUGGGCACAAGCCAAAAACAUGCAUUUGUUUGUUUUUACAAGUAUGUUAAAUAACAUGGUUUCUUUGAAUAAAUCAACUCAAGUUGAUGGUUUAUAUUAUGCUGUAUCCUUUAAUAAAACUGAAAAUAUAGGUAGCCUACAAUUAUGAUUAAUGCUGUUGAUUUAUAUCUUUAAAUUUCUGCUGUUUUUCCUUAAAUAAUGGUUCAUAACACACAGCAUUGGAACAAAAUUAAAGCAAAUAAUUU